UCCGUGGCUGGAUGUAUGCUCCCGAUUGCUCAAUUGGAGUUGUGUCUGCAGUUAUGCCUGGCUUUCUUCUAACAAGAUAAACCACAAUAUGAUGAAUUUCAGUGUAGGCAAGACCCGGGAAAGACCGAGAAGUCCAUAAUGGCGACCAAACGUUUGGCUUUAGAGCUUGGUUUGGUGCAAAAGAGGCAGAUAAAGACUAGUGUCAUUAACAAAAUACCAAAAACAAAACAAGAGUUUGACUACAUUGUUGUUUUGGAUUUCGAGUCGACGUGUUGGGAAAAUGGCCCACGCCUCGGAGGGCAAGAGAUUAUUGAAUUUCCUGCUGUUCUUCUUGAUGUUUAUAAUGGGAAGAUUGUGUCAGAGUUUCAGCAAUAUGUUAUGCCUACAGAACAGCCUGUUUUAUCAGCAUUCUGUACAAAACUUACAGGCAUUACACAGGAGCAGGUUGACAAUGGAAUUCCCCUUGGCGCCUGUCUCUACAUGUUUUCAAAGUGGAUUCGGAAGAUGAGUGAAGAGUACAAAGUAACGUUCAACGCUAAUGUCUCGGGCAAACGUGCUACAUUUGCUACAUGGUCAGACUGGGAUCUGGGUGUAUGUCUACAGUAUGAAUGCCAAAGAAAAAACCUGAGAAAGCCAGAAUUUUUUAAUCAAUGGAUAGAUAUUCGUGCAGUGUAUAAGAAUUUUUAUCAGCGACGUCCCCAGGGUCUUGCUGGGGCCCUUAAGGACUUGGGAAUUGCAUUUGAAGGCAGAGAGCAUUCGGGGAUUUGCGAUACACGUAACACUGCUGCACUUGUUUCACGUAUGGUGCGGGAUGGGUGUGUCUUGACUAUCACCAAGACAUUAGUACCCAAAACUAAGGGAUUCUCCAUGAAAGCAGCAGCACAGAAAAUCUUUAACCAGGUGACAGCUAUAGGGAAGAGGAAGUCCGACGGCAAUCAAGAAAACACUGGAUUAAAAAGAAAACAAAAGACCCAGGACUUACCACCUGUACCGGAAGAAACCGCUAAAGGAAAACAAUUACGAAAUUCUAACGUAGUGUAUCAGGGCCAUUCUUCUUCAGUGCCUACAGAUUGUGGUGUACAAAGUUACAAAGAAAUAAAUUCAGAUGCCAUAAGUUUUGAUCUUGGCUUUCAGGAUAUUAUGAGUGAUGCAGGAAAUGUGUUUGAAAAGAUAGAGCAUUGCGGAAAUAGGUCUCUUGUUAGUGAGAAUAACAAUGAUAAAAAUAAUUCAAAUCAAAAUUCAUUCUCUUCAAGUGAAGUGUUUAAAGUGCCAAAUCUUGCAUUUUGCAAAAUAAAAAGUUUAAUUUCAAAGACAUCUAAGACCUCAGCUAUUGAUAAUUCAAAUACACCGAAACAACCUUCUGGUACAGGUACACCAAAGCUAUUAAAUUACACCAGUAUUGAAACACCAGUGAGCUGCAAUAACAACAGUAGAGGUGGUUUGUCAGAUAUGUCUACUAGUUGCAUUCAGAACAGUGAGUUAAACCGAUCUGAAUUUAAUGUCUCGUUAUCUGAUGUUCAGGGUUUUAAAAAGACUCCUCCCCUUUGCGACUGUGGACGAAGAGCUAAGCUUCUCCUUGUGUCCAAGCCGGGUCCUAACCAAGGAAGACAUUUUUUCUCGUGUCCCAGUGGAAAGUCUAAUCUGAAAAGAUGCUGUACUUUCUUCAAGUGGGAAAAUGAACCAUACGUAAAAGCCUCACCCAGAGGGAACAGUUUCAGGACACCAGUUGCAAAUCUGAACAAUCAUCUUCUGUCUAAAACUUUACCAGUUCACAGAUCUAUGCACAAGCAAAAAACAUUAGGUAUUCGUAGGGCCUAUAGUGAAGUAACUCAUAACAAGAGGUGUUAUGCAGAAAGAGCCAAAUUUGGUGAAGGAACGUCUGCUGACUCUGUGUGUCAUAAUGAAAACUCUGCUAACGCAUCAGUUCAGAUUACUCCAUACAUAGUGAAGACUAAACAGAUGUGUAGCAGUAAUAUCAAAUAAAUAUUGCUGUAAAUUUUAUUCAUAUGUGUAAAAAUCUGGAAAAAAUAUGGGAUAACAUAUAUGCAUGACUGCUUGCAAUUAGAGAUAAAGCAUUAACUGCUGUAUAUGUUUUGAUUUAAUGAGAUGGUCAUAGUUUAAGAAUGACUCAGGUUCUCAUGAGUGAUACUUAAUCAUUUCUUUUAUGAUAUUUAAAUGUUAAUAUGUUCUUUACAGAAAUGAAUUGAAGACAAUUAGACAAUAUGUAGGCUAAGCUGGAUAUUAUUAUUAUUUAGCAAUUUUGCAUAACCUGUUGCAUCAUGGAGAGGAAGAAGUUUGCAACUUAUUAUUUAAAGACGUGAUAGAGAGAAGUGAUAAAAAUGUUAGUAUAUCUGUAAAGUUAUUUUGACUUCACCAAUGGACUGUACAUAUGACAGAUGAUAAUACUUCUUUGUUUUAGUUCAGUGAAACCAAAAGUACAUGUACACGCGCACUAUUCACUAAGAUUUUUCUUCCUUUCUUUUUCUUUUUUCUUUUCUUUUACACACAGAUGACUUCAACUAAAAGAAGUCAAUUGCUAGGUCUACCUGACAUCACCUGUUUACCCCGUUUCUCAAAUUUCUGGGAAAAAAUCUUCAUUUUUACCACUAUUUUGAUUGUAAUUGAUAAUAUAAUAAUGUUAAUAAUGAGGAUAAUAAUAUUAAUAAUAAUAACAACAACAGCAAUAAUUGUAACACUAAUACCCUGUUUCUUAAAUUUUUGGGAACAACAUUUGUAACACUAAUACAAAUAACUAAAAUAAAAGGUAUUAUCAACAAAAUUCAAGAAUUGGGAUAAACAGAUGAGGUCAAGUAGGUCAAGGAAUUGACUUCUUAGCUACCAAGUGUUUGUAGAGCCAUCUGAGUGUAGAAACAAAUAACCAAACAACGGGCUAGUCUGUUAAUAUAUUAAUUUGAUAAUUUUAUGCAUAUUUUGAUAAUAUGAAUUAAAUUUCUUCAAUUUUGUUAUCAGCCAUCCUCAGUAUAGUAAAGCAAAAAACAGGUUAUUUGAUGAAAAUGUAGUUAUCACUAUCAGCCCUAUGUAUCUGAGAUGUAAAGAUACCAUAUAAAUUACACGAGCACAAGCAAACCAUCUGUCUGCCUAUUUUAAUCUAUAUAUAAAACUGAAUUAACAGGUAUAUAUUUGUAUGAUUCCUUUGUCUAUAGUCUAAUAACAAUAAUUCUAGACCCCUAACAAUUCCUUGCUCAUUGUUGUCAUGGGGAGGUUCAGGAGACAGAGAUUAAGACCUAAUGUUGGGGAUCUCCUCUACCUUGGGUCUUUUCUUCUUCCCUUUCUGUUUCCUUCUCUUCUCUAACCACUUCUAUAAUCCACUUUCUAAGAUGUUACAGCUGUGGAUGAAAGGCUGACUUCGUGCCAGUCAUGAACGGCCUAGGGGAGCCAUGGGCAUGGUAUUCUCGUUUAGUUGUCUAGCUCUCACCCCUAAUGGCUUGACUGGAGGUUAGACUAUUAUUCUCUCCAACAUACUUCAGGCUCACUAUGGCCAGUAAUGAAGAAUUAGGGGCAAUGAGACUUGCCCCCUUAUCAACUAAACCCCCCUCCCAAUACCUUGCUCGUUGUUGUCAUGGGAGGACUUAGGAGAUGGAGACUGAGGCUCAGGGAAUCUCCCCUACCUUGGGUUUCAGCCCUCACCUCAAAUAAUUUUGCUUGGCAUUUUCUUCUCCCUUUUCCUCUUCCAUAUCUUGUCCAUCCUCUUUUAUUCCAUUCCUAAGGUAUGGGAGCCAUGCUGGAAGGAUGAAAGGCUGGCUUUGUGUCAGUCAUGAAUGGCCUCUGGGAGCCAUGGGCACAGUAUUCCCUUGGUUA